AUGGUUAUUUCUAUUGAUGAGGCCGGCCAGACUGCCGCAAGCACAAUCACCAUGACCAAUAUCAGCUCGAUGCCGCUGACUGUCGACGGCUGUGUGCAGAGAUGGGAGGACUAUUGGGCCAACGACGGCAUGCUGUGGGAUCAGGGCGCGCCAUGCCUGGCCCUGCGCGAGCUCCUGGAGGAGCACGGCUGGCUGAUUCCCAAGGGCCGCUGUCUGGUUGCUGGGCUGCGGCCGCGGCCACGACGUCCUUGCACCGGCGUCGAUAUCUGCCAGGGCGCCAUUGCUGCUGCACGAAAGCAGCUGGCCGCAAAUGAAACCAAGCUGAAGGCAAAGGCCUCUUUUAUUACUGAGGAUUUCCUCAACUACACAACAACGCUGCGGUUCACAAUUGCGUUUGAAUACGGCUUGUUUUCUGCCAUCCAUCCGUCGCAGCGCCAGAAGUGGGCUGAAGCCUAUGCGCGCCUGGUCAGUCCGCAGGGUAUGCUGAUUGUUUUGCUUGCACCGCUGAUCCAGCGCGGCAGCCCGCCGCCAUACGUCGUCACCUAUGGCCGAGUGCGAGCGGUAUUUGAAAAAAUACUUUAUGCUGGUCCGUGUCGACCCCAACUGCAAGUGCCUUGAUGGGCAUGAGGGCAACGAGCUCAUCUGCAUCUGGAAGCGCUUAUGAAGCCCUUGCCGGCCCGGUUGCCCUCGGCAUAUAAAAUACCGACAAUGCGUGAUACACCUGAUAUUUGUCAGCCGGCCCCUGGUGGCAAUGAGUGGUGGAGCUGAAAGGCGUGUACGGACUUUUGAUGCAUGGAGGGGAUCUUGAGGUGCUGUGAAACGCCCUCUUGUUUGGCCCCACCCCCCGUGCCUGGACUCGUGACUGACAGAUGUGGCUGGAUUGCACUGCUGCCCCGAACCACUCGGCCAUACGAUUCUGGCGCCUUUGACCUCUUUCCCAGUAGCGCCCCACCCAGGCAGUGCCUUUUAAUAUAUUGACCAUGUCAAAC